AUCCAACGACGGCCCGCAGAGGGUGUCUGUCCAGGAUUUAGCAAUGAACGCCUUCCUUUUUACCUUCCUGUGCGCCUCGGGCCUCUGCGCCGCCCUUCAUGUGUCAGCCAGCUUGGGGGAGGAAGUGGAGAUCGUGCCCGUAAGCACCGUGCUGACCUCGGCCUCGGAGCAGAAUGAGAUCGUGAACAAGCAUAACGACCUGAGGAGAAACGUCAAACCUACUGCUAGCAACAUGCUGAAAAUGAGUUGGAACAAAGAAGCGGCGGCCAACGCUCAGAGGUGGGCCAACACCUGCUCCAUGAACCACAGCCCAGACAGCUCCAGGGUGAUCAGUACGAGUGGCUGCGGCGAGAACUUGUAUAUGGCCAGCUACAAAAACAGUUGGAGCAAUGCCAUCCAGUCAUGGUAUGACGAGGUGAAUGACUGGCGCUACGGAGUGGGCUCGAUCAACGGAAGAGUUGUUGGACAUUUUACGCAGAUCGUUUGGUACCGCUCCAACCAGAUUGGCUGCGCUAUGGCCUACUGUCCCAACUCCCGCUACAAAUAUUUCUACGUCUGCCACUACUGCCCGCCAGGAAAUUACCAGUACACUCACCCCUACAAGUCCGGAUCUCCCUGUGCUGACUGCCCCAAUGCCUGCGAGAACAAACUGUGCACCAACCCCUGUCCGUACACUGACAAGUACAGCAACUGUCCUGAGCUGAAGAAACAGUACGGCUGCAAUAACAGCAACGUCGCCUCUUGGUGUCCCGCCUCCUGCAAGUGCUCUUCUCAGAUUAUCUAAAUGACUCUGACUGAAAUGUGGCAUUGAAUUAUAAAAAAAAAUAAAAAUAAAA